GCUGCGGAUACCUUGGCUGUGAGACAGAAGCGACGGAUCUACGAUAUCACGAAUGUCCUGGAAGGCAUUGGGUUGAUCGAGAAGAAAUCCAAGAACAGUAUCCAGUGGAAAGGGGUGGGCCCUGGCUGCAACACGCGUGAAAUAGCUCACAAGCUUAUUGAGCUGAAGGCAGACAUAGAGGACCUGGAGCAGCGGGAACAGGAACUGGAGCAGCAGAAGAAGCAGAGCAUCAAAAACGUGACAGAAGACGUGCAGAACAGUCGAUUAGCCUAUGUGACACAUGAAGAUAUCUGCAAGUGCUUCACAGGAGACACCCUCCUUGCGAUUCGAGCCCCGUCAGGCACGCGUUUGGAGGUUCCUAUCCCUGAGGGCCUAAAUGGGCAGAAGAAAUAUCAGAUCCAUCUGAAGAGCACAAGUGGUCCCAUUGAUGUUCUCUUAGUAAACAAAGAUGCUUGGAGUUCUCCUCCUGUCGUACUACCUGUCCCUCCCCCCGACGACCUCAUUCAGUGCCAGGCAGUUGCACCCUCGAAACCACAGAUACCACCGCUCACCCACUUCCAGGAGGCAUCUGUUCCCAGCAGCACCCAGCCCUCUACGCCGACACCUAGCAGCACUCAGGACCACAGCCCUCCCGCACAGAAAGCUGCCAGCACAGAAUGUGAUGUCUCGGCAGCAGAGUCCAAGAGGAGUGGGGACUUUGACCCCCUCGGCAACGCGUCCGCGUCGGCUGGCCAGCCUGGGUUAGAUACCCAGCCACUCCAGUCCUCUGCCUCACUGGACAGCAGCUCCGUCCUCCCCAGCCCCUCUACCUCCUUUGAGCCGAUCAAGCCCGACGCCGCAGGAAUACUGGAACUUCCCAAAGAGCUGUCAGAGAUGUUUGAUCCAACAAGAGAAUGUAUGAACUCUGAGCUGCUGGAAGAGCUGAUGUCAUCUGAAGUGUUUGCUCCCUUGCUCCGCCUCUCCCCUCCCCCUGGAGAUCACGACUACAUCUACAACCUGGAUGAGAGCGAAGGCGUCUGUGACCUCUUUGACGUGCCUGUCCUCGACCUCUGA